UGCAGGGGUUUAGAAGUCGGGGAACAAACGUUUUUGUUGUUACGAACGUUCACGCGACGUCAUUUAUUCGUUGAUUGUGUUAGUUGAUGUUAUUUAUUGCCCGUUUUCACAAAAAACGAGAAUCUAACCGCGAAAGACGACGUCCUGUCCAGCAGACGAACUGAACACGAAGCAUUACCCGUGGACGUUCCGCCGUUGGAUUUGGUAGGUGAUCGUACAUUUGUAUAAUAUGUAUGUUUUGAACUCGUGCAUGUGACUACAGUAAAAGAGGCGCCAGCAGUCCACUGAGAAACCUCAUUGUCGUCUGCCGAGCACUUGACCGUCGCCGCCAUCUUGUUGACGGUGACGGCAACGUAAUAUUAUUGUUUUUGUUAUUGUUGAUUGAUAAAACUGGCGAGUGGUGAAAUUCGCUGUAACGUCGGCCAACUGGGCCUGUGACGCGGAACACCUUCGUGGCGUGGCCUUUGUUACCCGUGUUGAUUUUUAUUUUCGAAUUCGUGCCAAACAUGGCGUACUAUUUCCUGGUCACAAAACGGGCCAGCAGAAUUUUACCUUAUAUCUUAUCUCAUCUCAUCAAUUACAAUUUUAGCGUUCCAAAUUGUUACACUUUGUAUAACUGCUACCAUGUAUCUACAGGCUUUUUGAAAAUUUUUGUUUCUUAUCUAAAAUGUUCAAUUAGUCUUUUACCCCUCCCAUUCCAAUCCUCUGAAUUUUCUUUCAUGUCAGUUACUUAAUUUUAAUAUAAUAUUAGCACUUAUUAGGUGUAUUCAGAAUCACAAUUUUUCUCUGCUUGCUAUACAAACUUAAAGUAGGUAGGUACAUUUUUUAUUGAUGUUUUAAAACAUUAAAUUUUAAAAUUUUGAUUUUCUUUUUAAACUAGCCUGUAGAUAAUAUAUUUUUAAAUUGUAUAUUUCUACUUAUGUAACAUAACUAGGUAAUAAACUAUUAGAUAAUUAGACAAUUUUUUAUACAAAUUAGGAUUCUAUAGUUGUGCACUUUCUUAGGUUAAUAUAGGUACUGAAUUUAUUGAAAAUACUUCCCUGAAACUAUCAUUGCUUUUUUCUCAUAUUUUUUGUGUAUAUAUUUUUAGAGAAUUAAUUGGAUUUCAUCAAUCCAACAAACAUGAAUCAUGUUCUAUUGAGUGGGUAAAAUAUAUUUAAAGUACUAAAGUUUUGGGCUAGAGUUUACUUGUAGGUUAAAAUAUUUUAAGUUAUUCUGGUAAUAAGUAGACUUGUAAAAUUAUAAUUUUAUUCUUUUUCAUUAUUGAUAAUUUAAAAUAAAAAGGAAUAGGUUAUUUUAAAUAUAUUGAGUAAUAAACCAUAUUUUUUUUUUUUUUUUGUUAAUCGGAAUGAGUUUAUUUUUGUUCAUAGACUGACCUUUUCUUGAUAUUCAAAAUUAUUAUGUUUUUGAUAAUGUUAACAAUUUUAUUUAAAACAUUAAAAUUUCAUUUUUAAACUACCUAUAGUCGUUUUCUAUUCUUACAUUUAAUUGAUCAUGACAUGACUAAUAGUAUUAUAAUUUAUAUUAUUUAUUUAAAUAGUAUGUUAUAAUACUCUUAUUCAUAACAAUUUAUAUUUUAUAAAAAAAAUUGUAUUUGAAUUUGUGUAUUGAUUUACGUAUGUAAUAUUAAAGUUAGUAUUUAAAAAUAUUCAUAAGUAUUGGUAAAACCAGUUAAACUUUAGAUUAGAUAAAAAUAGAUUUACUCAUAAUAUAUUAUUUUGAUAAGUCUUGGGUUAACAUUUUAGUUGAAAUUAAAACUGUUCAUUUAUUUUUAUCAAUCGUUAAUACCCAGUUUUGCAGUUUAUAUUUUUAGUAUAAAAGUUUUGUUUUUUUUUUACAGGUAAUCAAGUUGCUGUUACAUUGGAAUCUGCUUCUAGUAGCUUUCCUUUGCUAGUGAUAACAAGUUAAAAAAAGACAUUAUUUUCAUAAGUGAAAUAAGUUUUCUAUAAUUUAACUUUCGUUUCUAUUAAGAUAAAAAAAGUUACAAAUACUUUAUAGUAUUUUUAUUAAAUGUUUGUUAUUUUUUUAUUUGUUGUAUAUAAUAAAGUUUAAAUAGACACGUUUUAGUGUUAAAAGUGAUAGUUUUAAACAUUUAAAACAAUUCUGUGUACAAAAGUGGUUCUUUUGAACCCCAAGGAAGUUUAGAUGAUUGCUACAAAUCACAGUAGUACUGGGCUUAGUCUCGGUAUGCCUAUUAAACAAAUGAACAGAAUGUAAGAUAAUACUGAUAUAAUACCCAAUUGUGCAUAAAAUUUAUUUAUUUUUUUUACAUCUAGUAGUUUUGAAGGAAUAGACGAUGCUGGUUGGAAAGCCAAACUUAAACUUCCUCCUCAGGAUAAACGUAUUAAAACCAGUGUAUGUAAAAUAUUGGUUGUAGACAUAAUUUGAUCAAAAUAUUUACGUUAUAAAUAUUUGAUUAUAGGAUGUUACCUCUACUAAAGGAAAUGAUUUUGAAGAAUUCUGUUUAAAAAGAGAAUUGUUAAUGGGUAUAUUUGAAAAAGGCUGGGAAAAACCAAGUCCUAUUCAAGAAGCAAGUAUUCCAAUAGCACUUUCUGGGAAAGACAUAUUGGCUAGAGCGAAAAAUGGCACAGGUAAAACUGGAGCUUACUCAAUUCCCGUACUCGAACAAGUUGACCCAAAAUUAGAUGUUAUACAAGGUAAGUAACUAUUAUAGGUACUUAAAUUUCAAUUUCUUAAAUGUUGUCUAAUAGAAAUUAUUUUUCAGCACUUGUGAUUGUGCCGACAAGAGAGUUAGCAUUGCAAACUAGUCAAAUAUGUAUUGAACUUGCAAAACAUUUGGACAUUAGGGUCAUGGUGACAACUGGUGGAACAAAUCUUAAAGAUGAUAUCCUUCGUAUUUACCAAAGAGGUAAGAUUCAUAUAAUAUUGUAUUAAAUAUAAAUAUUUAAUUUAAUUUUGUUUUAUUUAACCAAUUUUACCUCUAUUUGUUUAUAUACGAAAACACAUAUCUUCUGGUAAUUUAAAUAAUUAAUUCUAAUUUUUGGUUAUGCUCCUCUAUGAUGACAAUUUUUGGAUUCCCCUUCACUUCAAAUGUAUGAGUGUAUUUAUUUGUUCUGAGAGUUAUAAUUCCCUAUUCUAGUUGUAAAAUAUUUUUCAUAAUAUUUCUGUUAAAAAUGUUUUUUUUGAGUAAUUUAUAACAAAAAAAAAAAAAAAUGUACGAAUUUGUGUUUUGUUAGUUUUUUGAUUUUAUUUAAAUUAAUACCUAGUUAUAAAAUUAGUAUAUUCUGCUUUAUGAUGAUAUUCUUUGGAUUCCCCUUCAACUUAAAUUUAUGGUUGAAUUUUAUGCUCUGAAAGUUUUUAUUUAAUAUAUAAUAAUAAAUUGGUAGAAUUAUUUGUAGGUAUACCAUUAAAAUGUCUGAAAUUAGUUUUAACUUGAUUUAAUCUGUUUAUUUUAUGAAUAUAUUUUGCUCUAUGAUGAUAUUAUUUGGAUUCCCCUUCACUUACAUUUUAUGAGUGAGAAAUUGAUAUUGAGAGCAACAGUUAAUCGUGGUAUUUUUCUUUAAAUAAAGUUUUUUGGGUAGUAAUAAUCUCCUUGAAUUGUCUACAUCGGGUUUACAUGUUGUGUAUGACUAAUGUUCUUCUUUAAACUUAACAUAAUAUUUUUGACUAUGUCUUUAAAUUUUAACUAGUAUAAUCGCAAGUUAUAAGUAAAUAACACAGUAAAAAGUCUGAAACUAAACUUCGAAAUAGAAAUUUAAUCAAAAAUACAAUUUUGAGUGGAAUACAAUAGGUUUGUUCUAACAUGCUCAAUAGAUUUUUGCCAUUUUAACAUACAAGAAAAACAUAGUCUCGAACAAACUGUUGGAUAUUUCUUCCAGCACAUAAUUAGAUCAGUUUAAGACCUGAUAGUCAAAACAUUUCACAGAUUUGGAUGGGGACUAAGAAUAAAGAAACACUGUUCUCAUAUUUAAUUUAUGUUAAAAUUGUUUUAAAAUUUGUAUUAAUCGAAGCACGUUCUAACUAACUCUUGAGUCCAUGUUGGAAUAAACCUAUUUAUUUUAUUUUAUUUAAUAAUAUAAGACACGUCCAAAAAUACAAAUAAGAUAUACAACUAAUGAAAACUAGUAAAUAGUUUGAGGUUAAAUGAAGGGUCCACAUUUAAGGUGAGGAAUAAGAGAAUUAAGAGAGUAAUUAAAAGAAGACAGUGAAAUUGGAAUGGUGGACUAGAGCGUGGAAGACAAAGUGGACAAAGAAUCUAUUUUGCUGGAGACUAGAUUAGAGGAAGAUAAUGUGAAAUAAGUGCCUGUGAUCAAUAAUGUAGAUAGCCUUAAAUAAUGGGGAAUGAAGGAGUUAUCAUUGGGUAGGGGUGUAUUAUUAUAUAAACUUGAAUGAAUGUAAAAAUAUAAAUAAUUUCCAUUUAAUAGAAAUAAAGGUAUUUUUACAAAAAAAAAUUUAAUGGCCAAAAAUGAUAAACUAUAAAUUUGAUUAUAACUAUUAUAAAGUUUCUUUCAUCACUUUCAACUUUUAUAAGUAGAACAAAAAUUAUAAGUUAAUUGAAAAAAAACUAAAACAAUCUUUACUUAUUUUGUAGAAUUGAUCAGUGAAUAAUGUAAACUUUUAAAUUAUUAAUUUUGUAUGGUAUUAAAUCAUUAUGUAAUGUUUUAUUUUAAAAUUAUUAUCACUGAAUGAUAAUUUAACCAUGUCUUAAAUAUAUUAUUAAAUAUUCAGGGUAUUUUUAUUAUAUGGUUUCAAUUUAUUUUUAGUACAUGUAAUUAUUGCUACUCCAGGAAGGAUAUUGGAUCUCUUGGACAAAAGUAUAGCUAAAGUUGAUCAUUGCCGGAUCCUUGUUUUAGAUGAGGUAAACUUACUUUUUUUGUUAAAACAAUUUUUUUUUUUUUUAUUAACCUUCAGACUAGUAUUUGUACAGUAUUUACACUUCCCUUAAAAUAAAAUUAUUAGUAGUUGGUAAUAUGCAGCUUAUUGGCAAUUCUAGGUAAUCUCUAAUAACUAUUUUUGAUGAUAUAUGAUCAGCAUAGGUCGAAUUCGUUCUGGCAAGCAGUUAUUUAUGAACUAAAUUUGGAUAGAAUUAGCAGUAUAAAUGUUGUGUUGCGCACUGUGUGAUUUUACGCCCCUGUCUGAAGGUUAAGAAACAUAAAGUUCAAGAGUGUUAAAAUUGAUUACUAAACUGUAUUAGUUUUAUACAUUUUAACUUGGUUUUUAGGCAGAUAAGCUUUUGUCACAAGAUUUUAAAGGUAUGUUAGAUCAUAUCAUAUCAAAGUUACCAUCAGAGAGGCAAAUCCUCCUCUAUUCUGCCACAUUCCCUCUGACUGUUAAACAGUUUAUGGUGAGUACAACAAAUAAAUGUAAAGUCAUCAAUUUUAUUACUUUUUUUUUUUUUUGUAUAGGAUAAACAUUUACGUAGUCCAUAUGAAAUUAAUUUAAUGGAAGAGUUAACCUUAAAAGGAGUUACUCAGUAUUAUGCAUUUGUACAAGAAAAACAAAAGGUCCAUUGUUUGAACACUUUGUUCUCAAAGGUAUCAAUUUUUAAAUUUAAAUAUGUGCCUGAAUGGGUAAAUUUUUUUUUUUUUUUGAUAAUAUUUAUUAAUAUUUUUCUUAGUUACAAAUUAAUCAAAGUAUAAUUUUCUGCAAUUCAACACAACGUGUAGAGUUACUUGCUAAAAAAAUUACUGAUCUCGGCUAUUGUUGUUACUAUAUUCACGCUAAAAUGGCCCAAGCGCAUCGUAAUCGUGUGUUCCAUGAUUUUAGAAAGGGCUCAUGUCGAAAUCUUGUUUGUUCUGGUAAGUUAAUUUUAAUUUAUUAUUUUCAUUAAAUUAAAUCUAAGUUACGAAACCUAUUUAAUAUUAAUCAAAAUUAUGUUUAGAUAUCUAAACAUAAUACCUGUUAAAUAUUUUAUUAUACAAUCAAUUGAUUUUAUAAAAUAAAUUAAGAACUCUUAAAAUCAUAUAUGAGUUUAUUAUUUAUUUAUUUUUUUUCAAACAAUGUGAAAUAUGAUAAUUACUUUUUAUUAUAAUAAUUAUUAAUUCUUACAUUUAUAGAUUUUGAGUGUAGCGAGGGAGCUAUUGGCCUUACUCUUGCUCAAAUUUGUGUGUGUAGCAAUUUUUCUGAAAGUUUAAGUUAUUUAGAUGGUACUCUUUAAAGAGGUCAUUUUUUGAUUUUAAACACCAUUUUUAAAAUAAAAACACUAACAAUGUUUUCUACUAGAAAAAAUGAUUUAAUCAAAAAAUUACAAGACACUUUUUAGUUGUCUUUUUAUUUACUUUCCAAUGGUAUCAUCACCAACACUUUUGAGCCCUUAAGGAAUUUAAAUUUUUUGGAGUUUUUUGCUGUAAGUCUGUUAUAAAUUAAUGAGAGACUUAGGAAUAAUACUUAUAUUGGACUUCUCUAGAUGUGGUAAAACUUCCAAAAUCAUCAGAUAACUUUUUUUUUUAAUAAGUGUGUUUUGAAAUCAAAUUUUAACAAAAAUCUUAAAAAAAAUUACGUUACUUCAAAUUAUGUGUUAUCAAACUGCUCUCGGAAUCGUCUUGUCAAGCAAUGAUUUAUCGUUACUUACAGAUAUAAAUGAAAUAAUCUUUUGUAUCCUACUUUCUCAACUUUUCACCUACAACAGUGGCUGCUCCCAUCCCCAAUAUCAGCUCUUUUUUUUUUUUCGUAUUUUGAACCCUAAACUGUUACUAUUAGUUACAUACAAUAUGUUGUAGAACCCUGAAGUGAACUAUUAUUAAAGCAAUUAAACUUUAUAAUACAUAUCACAAUUUAUACUACUUUGAGUGGUUGGUCAGUUAUGAUUAUUUUACACUUAACAAUUAAAUUAUCUGGGCGUACAAUUAAUAAUACUAUAGGUAGUACCAACUCUGGAUACAGGCUAUCGAUGAGAAUUAUACAAUUUUUUGUUCAGUUAAUAUACAAUUAGGUUAUAUACCAUUACUAUCUUGUAGCUACAGAGAUCAUUAGUGCUCAGCAAAUUUACCAAGCUGUAUGAGCUUCAUUUUACAACUUUAAAUUUAGGGGAUGGUUUGGAUUUCACAAAAUAUAUUAUGUAAGGCCAUGCAAGACUCUAAUACGUACAUAUUUAUUUGUUCUUUAUUUAUGGUCCUCUAAUCAUUAAUAAUAUGACUAGAUGAAAGCAUUAGAAAUUAAUUUCAUUAAUAAACUAUUUAAAUACAUCAAUGAAAAUGUACUAUGAAUAAAAAAAAAAAAAAACAGAUUUUGGUUUCUAAAAAUAAAUUUAAAAAGAUUAAGUAAGUUGGAAACUAUAAUUUAUAAGUAUAACUUAAUUUAUGAUACUGAGAAAAAUAUGAAAACAAAACCCAUUUUGUAAUUUUUAAAGAAUAUUGAGUACAUUAAAAAAAAAGGGAUGAAUUAAAUGUAUGUUAAGUUGCAUUUAAAUAAAUUAUGCUAUUAAUGAAAACAAUAAAGUACUAUAGUAAUUUACUUAUGCUAGUAUUUUUGUUUAUUUUUUUUUUUCUUAGAUUUAUUUACAAGAGGUAUUGAUGUACAAGCUGUUAAUGUUGUGAUAAACUUUGAUUUUCCUAAAAUGGCUGAGACGUAUUUACAUCGUAUUGGUAGAUCGGGCCGAUUUGGACAUCUUGGUAUAGCUAUUAAUCUUAUCACAUAUGAUGAUCGAUUUGCUUUACAUCGUAUUGAACAAGAAUUAGGCACAGAAAUUAAACCCAUACCUAAAGUGAGUAAUUUUUCUAACAUUAUGUAUUUGUAAUUUAUAGCAUUUAAGAAAUUACAUCUAAAUAUGUGUUUAUAACUACACAUAAUACUUCAUGUAUCGGUGGAAAAUUAAUAUUGCGUCCCAGACAUUUUGUAAUAGCAUCAGUGGCAUUGUUAACCCUUAAGUUUGAAUACAUUUAUUUGUUUAUUUCUAAAAGUAAAAUAAUGAUUUUAAUCUGAGAUGCUAUUCCUUUACAUUUAAUGAUCUUUAAUCACAUACUAUAGUUUCUUAUAGAUGGUAUUUAUACUCUGUAAUUUGAGAGCUUAUUUAUUGAGUUAAAAAUUAAACAAUAACUUACAAAACUCUAAAGGGUGUACGAAAAGAUGCUCCUAAAAUAUCUAUCUAUGUAAUGUCUUUGUACGUAAAUAUCUUCACUAGCAAAUAACUUUAAGCAUCUACAUUUUUUAUAGUCUUCCCUAGACAACAUUAUGCUUAUCAUUGGCACCUUAGGGCAAUUACAUGUAAAGUACUUAAAUUGAUAUCCAACUAAAGAAUUUCGCCUUAUAUAUUUGUGGUAUCUUCAGUGAACAUGGACAGUUGCUACCUAACACGACCCUGACUACAGUUUGUAAUCCCCCCCCCUAGCAUCAUGACUAGCUGACUUGAUAUAUUUUAUACUUCUUUCAUUACAAGUGAUGAGAUAUUGUUGUUUGAGUUAUCCAAGUAAAUACCUAUACAGUAAUAAUAAUGAUGCAGGAAAAAAUACAAUUUUACUAAACCUCUCGUGUACAAAUUCUGCUAAAUUAAGAUAUAUAUAUAUUUUCAGGUAAUUGAUCCAAGAUUAUAUGUUGCAAGACCAGAAGAUGUGGAUAUUAAUGAAGAAAUGGAUCUUAGUAAAUGAAAAAUGCUUCUUCCCAACUAUUGUAAAUAAUUGUAUCUAUAACAAACUCAAUAUCUAAAUACUUAACUUUAAGACUCGAAGAACCCAAGGUAUAUAAAUUUUAUUUUUCAAUUACUCUCAAAGAAAAAUUUGGUUUCAAAACACUAUUAUUUGCCGUUUACUUUAAAUUUUUAAGUUAAAUUCUUUACUAAAACAAUUCUUCUUGAUUUUUUUUGUUUUUUUUUUUUUAAUUUAACAUUCAUUUCACAACAAAUUUUAUUAUCAUUAUGCAAGUCGCCUUACAAGUUAGUACUGUAUCUUGAUUUGGUAUAUAAAUUUCUUGGAUCAAACCUGUCUGGAACAGUACUACAUUCUUGCCACAUUGGCAAAAUGUGUACAUAUACUUAUAUAUAUAUUAAUUAAUGAUAAAAUACACUCCCCUCGCUACUGUUCGAUAAAUUGUACAUAAGAGUAUAUUAUUUAUUAUUAUAAUUAAAAAGAAAAAAAAAGAAAUAUUUGUAGCUAAUUUGAUUAGCGUAAAGAUCUCUAAUGUAAGUGCGACUGAGACCAAAUUGAUCCAAAUUUCGAGCUGAGAAUACAGCUGUCUCAGUUUCAGUACAAAUAAUCAAAUCAAAGCUGGAACCCGUCCUACAAAAUUGCUUAGUAUUGAUAUGUAUCGAGACUUUUACCUCAGCCCAAUUGUCUCUGUACCAUAUUAUUAUUUUUUUUCGGUCAAAAUUUGGAUGGCUAGAUUAUUUAUUUUUUAACUUAAAAGAUUUUGACAAUUAUAUAAUUAUUUAAUUAAUUUUGCUAUCAUAAUUUGACUUGGGAGUUAAGGGCUGAAGUCAAAUUAUGUAAUGGGGGGAAUAUUUUAAUUUUUUUUUUGUUUUCUUAAUGAUAUAAGUAGGUACCAGAUUAUUUUUAAAGCUUUAAAAUUGAUAAUUGUUUUUAAUUCCUAAUAAAACCUUUUUCAAACAGUUUAAAUUAGAAUUACAAAAUUUGGUACUUAAUUUUCUUUUUCAAAAAUAUAUAAGUGGUGGCUAUACUACAUUAUCUUAGGAGUUGUAUUGCUACUGCAU